AUGGCUCCUUAUUUCGGAUUGACUGGAGGUUGGCUAACGUUCUGGGUUACUGUGGCUUGUGCCACGGAUAUGACACUAUUCGGAUAUGAUCAAGGUGUCUUUGGUGGAGUAAUUGUUACCCAAGAUUUUCUGGACACUCUCAACCUCAAUGGCAAGACAACACUCAUUGGCACUGUCACAGCCCUAUACGACAUAGGCUGUUUCCUUGGAGCAAUCUCUGCAGUCGCCUUGGGUGACCUCCUUGGAAGGAAAAAGACAAUUCUCUUAGGUACCAGCAUUAUGACAAUAGGAGCUAUCAUGCAAAUUGCUGCUUUCAACGUUCCUGUCAUGAUUGCAGGGAGAGUCAUUGCAGGAAUCGGUAACGGCCUCAACACUUCAACAGCUCCUGUCUGGCAAUCCGAAACCUCUAAAGCAAGCUGGAGAGGCAAAUUGGUCGUCAUCGAGAUGAUUCUCAACAUUGCUGGCUUCUCCUUGUCGAAUUGGAUGACAUAUGGCUUCUCUUUCGUUGGCGGGCCAAUCUCAUGGCGCUUCCCACUUGCCUUUCAGCUCAUCUUCAUCUUGAUUCUCUUUGCAACAGUGCCAUGGCUGCCAGAAUCUCCUCGAUGGUUGAUGGCACAUGGUAAUGUUGACCAAGCGCGACAAAUCUUAGCUGACAUCGAAGGCCGCAAUGUCAACGAUGACUUGGUAACGCAAGACGUCAACGAUAUCCAGUUCGCAGUCAACUACGAAAAGGAGCAUGGCGUAUCUUGGGGCGAUUUGCUUCGCGGAAGAGCUGGUGAUCAAGCGGGCACAUCCACAAUUCGUCGACUUGUGCUCGGAAUGGGCACUCAGAUCAUGCAGCAACUUUCAGGUAUCAAUGUCACCUCUUACUAUCUUCCCACAGUCCUCAUCUCUUCUGUUGGACUUUCCAACAGUCUUGCUCGCCUCCUGGCUGCGUGUAACUCCGUCUCGUACCUGUUCUUCAGCUUAAUUGGUGUUCCCAACGUGGAACGUUGGGGUCGAAGGAACUUGAUGAUGUACGCAGCUGCUGGCCAAGCAUUUUGUUACGUUUUCAUCACAGUUCUCAUCCGGUAUGCUGAGAUGCCUGGAUACGAGCAUCAAAAGGAAGUCGCAUCCGCUUCUGUCGCAUUCUUCUUCCUGUAUUAUGUCUUCUUUGGCAUUGGUUGGCAAGGUGUCCCGUGGCUGUAUCCGACAGAAAUCAAUUCUCUUUCCAUGCGAACAAAGGGCGCCGCGCUUGGAACGGCGGCGAAUUGGAUCUUCAACUUCAUGGUCGUCGAGAUCACACCAAUCGGCAUAGAAUCUCUGGGGUGGCAAUUCUAUAUCAUCUGGACGGUCUUCAACGCCGCUUUCGUCCCCAUCGUCUAUCUUUUCUACCCUGAGACAGCGGACCGAACUCUCGAGGAUAUCGAUCGUCUCUUCCGAGAGAACGGUGACAUUUUCAUCUUCAAGGAUCCGAAUGCCAUCUCGGCGAAGAGACCUCUUGCUUAUUCCGAAAGGGAAGAUUUCGAUGCGAGAAUGGAUCCUGACGGAUAUAGUCUUCGAGGUGUCGUGUCGAAACAUGGCAGCGGGAAGGAUAACCCCGUUGGUAACGAAGGUGUUAUGGUCGAUCAUGAAGAGGAGGCGCCAUACGGAAGGCGGUGGAGCUAGAUUGAUUCCAUGUAGAGAUGGAUAUAUAAGUCUUGUG